UGCAUUUUCCUGCGUAAUUUCCGGUCUGAGCUGAAGAAACUUGUGCUUCUUGAGCUCACCAUCUUUUCUUCUUCCUUCUGGGGAAAUCGUUGCUUUGCGCGUUGAAACACUUUUAAGAGAGGGAUAAUCCUAGAGAGAGAAGGCACAUUCCUUCCCGCGUUUGCCUUUUCAUUCCCAAAACCAUCAUUUUGUUUUCUGAAGCGUGCAAGCGACUCUAUAAUCUAAACCCCGUCACAUUUCUUGGCCCUUAUCAGUUCUGUAUCUAACCUCGAAGAUUUUUGCUAGUUAAUCUUGCCCUUCAAGCUCUUCGUCCUGCUUUAUAUUACUUUCCUUAUUUCAGAAACAGAAAGCCCAUCGAUCAGCUUCAACGAUUUUCUCUGUCAUCAUCCCGGAGUAUAAUCUUUUUCUUCGUUAAUCACUUCCGAGAGAUUUGAAUUUAUCGAAGCAAUGGGAAGCUAUAUCAGCAAGAAGAUGCCUGAAUCGUCGUCUGUUAUUAUUGAUCCCCCUACUGAUAUGCAAUACGCAACUGAAUUGAGCUCUUACGAAGCUGUCUGCGAGCUAGAUGCUGAUUUGCAGUCAUUUGACGCUACCCUGCAUGCUAGAACAAAUCAUGUUAUAAAUACUCUAGCUGUUGGUGUGGAACUCCGAUCCCUUUCCUUCGAUUCUCUUAAACAAAUCACAGAAUGCCUUUUGGAGAUGAAUCAGGAAGUGGUGAAGGUGAUAUUGAACUGCAAGAAAGAUAUAUGGAAAAGCCAGGAACUCUUUGAGCUGGUUGAGGAAUACUUUGAGAAUAGCUUGCAAACUUUGGAUUUCUGUACUGCAUUAGAGAAGUGCCUCCAGAGAGCUCGGGACAGCCAAUUGCUUAUUCUCGUGGCCCUUCAACAGUUCGAGGAGGAGACCAAGUUGCCUGGGAACUGUUAUGAGAGGACAUUGCAGGAGCUGAAGACUUUCAAGGCAGCUGGCGAUCCUUUCACUGAAGAGUUCUACCAGAUCUUUCAGUCUGUUUAUAAGCAACAGAUAGUUAUGCUUGAGAAGUUGCAAAUACGAAAACAAAAGCUUGAUAAGAAGUUCAAACACGUACAUACUUGGAGGAAGGUCACUGGUUCAAUAUUUGUGGCCACAUUUGCUGCUGUUUUGAUCUGCUCAGUUGUAGCUGCAGCCAUUGCUGCUCCACAUGUUGCUGCUGCUCUAGCUGCUGCCGCUGCCAUUCCAAUCGGAUCAAUGGGAAAAUGGAUAGACUCACUGUGGAAGAACUAUGAAAAUGUAUUGAAAUGUCAGAAAGAAUUGCUAAGCUCAAUGCAAGCUGGUACCUUUGUUGCCAUAAAGGAUCUGGAUAAUAUCCGGCUACUGAUUGAUCGGUUGGAGAUCGAAAUUAAGUCCCUAAUUCAGAAUGCAGAGUUUGCCAUUGAAGUAGAAGCUGUGAAGGAAGCAAUAGAGGAGAUCAAGAAGAAGCUGGGAGUUUUUAUGAAGAAUGUUGAAGACUUGGGAGUCCAAGCUGAUACUUGCAGUCGUGACAUUAGAAUGGCAAGGACUGUGGUUCUGCAGAGAAUCAUAAAGCAUCCUCAAAACUGAAGCCCACCUUCCGUUUGUUCUGCAGAGAAUCAUAAAGCAUUCCUAUUUGUAAUUAAUUCAUUGAUGUUGACAUAUAUUCGAUCUGCAGAAUUUAUUCAUUCUGUUAGUUGAGUAGCCAGCUGAAAUUUCUUGUUCUUUUCAACCAACAGUAUACCGAUUUAUGUAUUGAUUUAAGGAUUUUGAUUUGAUUGUGACCUUUGUUUUUAAUUCUUGUUCCCAAGAGAUAAAGCACGUUUGUGACUCUUCA